UUGCACGCGCAGGACAGCUGGGAUAAAUAUGACUCAGGCAUGCGAAGUUGACUUCCCCCCAGAGGAAGGCAGCUUGAAUCAGCUUGGAGGAAGGUUUCUGAAUGGUCGUCCUCUGCCUGCACACAAAAGGAAGCUAAUGAUAGAGCUGGCAUCAGAGGGUGUGCGUCCAUGUGACAUCUCAAGGAUUCUCAAGGUGUCAAGUGGAUGCGUCAGUAAGAUCUUACGCUGGUAUCGAUGCACUGGCCUCUGGGUCCCCAAAGCCACUGGAGGCAGCAGACCACGGCUCCUCACACCUGACGUUAUCUCUUCUAUAGCGCAGUACAAGCGUACCAGUCCAACACUUUCUGCAUGGGAGAUCCGCAAGAAGCUUUCAUUUGACCAAGUGUGCACAGCUGACAAAGUUCCUAGUGUGUCUUCUAUUAAUCGCAUUCUCAAGAAGAUUCAGCAUGACUGGAACAUGGAAAAACACAUAUAUGAAGGUUUGGCAGAGUCACAUUCCCUGGAAAGCACAAAGUUUCCCAUAUCCCUGCCAGCAAAUUGGCUUUCAGAGAGAAAGCCACUGCCAGCAGUCACCUGUUCAGACAACACAAUCCCAUUGGUUCAUCAGGCAAGACUUACUUCUCCUUUAGUUCAUAAUAUUGGAACCCAUGGUCACUGCGUCUCAGACAUGACAACAGGUUUCCUACUUGCUCAUCAUAGAAAGGAGGACGCUACAAACAGAUCAGCUUAUUUUACAGAAUGGGCUUCUCUUCCUUCAUUCACUGGACAGUAUAUUUGAUUGGAAGGGUUUAGACUGGACAGAUGACAGAAUUAAGUAAAUUACAGAAGAAUUGGAUGAGACAUGGAUUUAUAUGGGACAGGUACAAGUACUCUUAUGUAACAGCAGAGGGCAGCAGAGCAAAUAAAUAACACCUACAUUUCAAAUAGUUUCCAAUAGUCAGUUGUAUAGUAGACCCCAACACUACAGACAUACAUAAUGGCAGUGACCCUUGUACCUAUAGGACCAUAAUGAAAUAAAAAAAAUAACACAGGAAUACAAGGCUACACCAGACUACAUAAAGUGUAAACAGCAUGAGCAAUGUAACAGCAUGAUGGUGGUAACAAUCAAUAUAAAUAUAAAUAUUGGUAAUUACAUGUUAACUACAGAUGGUAUACAUUUUGGCUGUAAACAAUCAAUUCAUGCAGUUUACAAUCACCACUGGAUAGCAUCAGCAAUGUAUGGUUCUCCUAUUGGAAGUACUCAAUGAUUUUUUUUUUUUUUUUAACAGACUGCAUAAAAUAAUGAUAAA